AAUAUGUUGAGAAUCAUGUCGAUGCUUCGUUCGUCUAACCGACUUCUUGCGCUUUUCACACUAUGCCUAAUGUUACCUUUAACUCUUGCUGAAGAUGCGGACAGCUCAUCGACAACUUGUGAUGGCUCCCCCGACCCAGCAGCCGGCGCCGAAGGCUGCAGCAUCACCGGGAAUUUUGUAUUUCACAGUGGGAAUUGUGUGGACAAGAGCGAGCUGAAGGAGCUCAAGACAAGGCUUCAAGAACUUUCUGAGUUCAGGGUCCCGGAUGUGGAAGGUGAGACGUGCAUCUCAGAACAGGCCGGCGCGCUGAGGUACAACAGAGCCACCACACAGCUGCAGGUGUGCGACGGACAGAACUGGCAAAAUGCUGCCGGAGAGGCCGUCUCUAGGAGAGGAGAGUCGGAGGGGAACCCUGCCAUGUCCUGCCGGGAGAUCUUCACGUUUGGCUCCUACAGAAGUGGGCUGUACUGGAUAAGGCUCUCUGCACAGGACGAGGGGGUAGCCCAGGUCUGGUGCGAAAUGGGAUUCAAAGAUGGCGGCUGGCUCAGGGUCUUCAACAUGAUGGCCAAGGGAGCCACUAAAGACGAAGCUGCAGCCAUGUAUAACAUCAUCAAAAGGAACGGCCCGAUCCAGGCAAUUCUCCCUAACACCACCAGUGGCGCUAUUUACACGCAGGGCCUGGACCUGGGAAUGUACCACGAGGUUGUGUACGGCUGGGCCAAGUCUUCUGAUGACGUGGUGUCGCACUACGGCUACUACCGUGACGACCUGGGCCUGAAGGGACAUUGUUACAUCGACGGCUUCUGUGGGGACAACACGGUGGUGGCCACCAUGACCAGCAGCGUCACAAGGGAGAAGAAAGAGAUCAAGACUGGGAGUGACCCAUCCUACCCUCACGUGGGGCUGGGCUGGACAGGUCAGCAGAUCACGUGGGGUUACGACCUGAACACGUCUCCUCACGGCCACUGGGGGAACUGGUACACCAGCUCCUGCUGUCUGACCGGAAACACCGCCGACAUCCGGGAUGCUGGGAGCAACUGGCGCUACUCCAUCCUCAUCCGUUAGAGAAAGGAACGACGAAGAUGCCCGUGGUGACGAAGAAAUACGGAAACAAUUACCCAAUAUUGUAGCAAGUAACGAAUAGUCUUAGGAACUACAGCGUUAGUAGCCUAUGUCUAUUUUCUUACUACGGCAUCAUGCGCACUCGUGUGCAUCAGGUGAAAUCAUUGAAAUUUGUCCAGACAAUGUAACGUUCACAAACUGAUCAACCAUGGAAAAUAGGUGUGAAACUUCUUGUCGGUGC